AUGGAAGCACUAGAAGUUGACGACAUCAGCCCGGCCUUGGAGGUGACUGAAGAUUUCUUCAAUAGUUUUGAUGCUAAGCUGGAAAAGGUUGUGCAACCGUCCGAGGUGUAUGGGGUGCAGGAGGUUCCCGAACUGGUAGGACAUGAAGUAUUCAAUCAGAUAACGGACAGCGGAGACCUGAGAAACAUCACUUCCUUAGCGAAAAACAGCCUCAUUUGGGAACGCUGCAGAAACGGCCUCUUGGAAGCCAACGCUCCGAAAGCGUUCCCUGCCAAAGAUCAGUUUACGGGGCAAAGGGAGACAGCCCCGGAUAAUCUCUCCUGGGUGGAGCAAAGGGAAGCCUCGACUUUUAAUAUUUUUAAUCUCUGUCAGCGGAGGAGAGACAGGCCCCGCUCUGUGAACGAUAUCCUAGUGCAGAACGAGGACGCCUCCACUUUCAAGCCAGGACAUAACCGGUCACGCUCGGAUGCAAGCCGCAUAGACUGGGGACUUGUCUUCACAGGUGCAUCUGUGCAGCCGCCAUCGAGUCAGGACACCAAUUGCUCCAGGCUCUCAUGCCUACCACCCGCACUAAAGAAGGGAGAGGACGUUCAAGGGAACACUGAACACAAGCUGACAUUCCCAAAUAUUCUGAAGAAGGGAUACCUAGAAAUUAGAAAGGACCAUGACAGCUAUUGGCAGCCCUGCUAUGCAGAGCUCUCUCCACACAAACUGUACCUGUAUUACCUCGACAGUAGCGGCAACCAGAAUUUUCCUACCGUGUAUCCGCUUUCACAUUUCCAAAGUGUCACUGUCACAGACAGCACUGAAACAAAGAUGGUGGAUGCCAUUCUGUCGGACAACUCCCAGCUGCAGCUGAAGGCAGAGUCGCCGUGGGAGACUUUGGACUGGGGGAAGAAACUUUGGGAGGUGGGACAUUCCUCUGCGCCAACGUUCAGGAGGCAGCAGGAAAACCUAGAGGACUCACAGAAGCUGGACAACAACAGGGACCUUCCCCAGAUUCAUGGCUUACAAAAGAAGCCUGCUGAGCUUUUCCAGUGUACAGCUUUGAGCCAAAAUACAAAGGAGUACCAAAACAUUCUCAGGUCAGGGACUCUUUAUAGGUUGACGGUCCAGAAUAACUGGAAAGCGUUUACUUUUGUACUAAGCAGAUCUUGUCUCAUGGCAUUUCAGCCCGGGAGUCUUGAUGAAGACCCUCUCCUGAGUUAUAACAUUGAUGUGUGCCUGACUGUCCAGACAGAUAUUCUGGAUGACUGUGACUCAUGCUUUCAGGUCAUUUUCCCUCAAGAUGUCCUCCGGCUGCGUGCAGAGACCCGUCAGAGGGCACAGGAGUGGAUGGAGGCCCUGAAAUCUGCUGCCAACGCAGCCAGAAGUUUAGGUCCAAACCUGCAGGUUACUCUCAGAAACAAAGCCAGAGAUCAGCCUCUGGGGAGAGACUUCAGGCAGAGCAAGCGCCAGUCUGUGACCACCAGCUUUCUGAGCAUUCUGACCACGUUGUCUUUGGAAAGAGGACUCACGGCCCAGAGCUUCAAGUGUGCAGGUUGUCAGCGCUCUAUAGGCUUGUCCAAUGGAAAAGCCAAGGUGUGCAGUUACAGCGGAUGGUAUUACUGCAGCACCUGCCAUGUGGACGACAACUUUCUAAUCCCCGCGCGACUGGUUCAUAACUGGGACACUUCAAAAUACAAGGUAUCAAAGCAAGCCAAAGAGUUCCUGGAGUAUGUGUACGAGGAGCCGUUGAUUGACAUCCAGCAGGAAAAUCCCAUGUUGUACAGACAUGUUGAGCCGCUGGCGACUGUAGUCCGUCUGAGACAGCAGCUGAGAUCUCUCCGAGCCUAUUUGUUCAGCUGCAGAGCAGCAGUGGCAGAAGACCUGCGCAGGAGAAUCUUCCCCAGAGAGUACCUCCUUCAGCAGAUCCACCUGUAUUCCCUUGCAGACCUACAGCAGGUUAUUGAAGGAAAAUUGGCUCCUUUCUUGGGGAAGAUAAUCAAGUUUGCCACCUCUCAUGUGUACAGCUGCAGCCUUUGUAGCCAAAAGGGCUUCAUCUGCGAGAUUUGUAACAAUGGAGAGAUCCUUUACCCCUUUGAGGAUAUUUCAACAAGCAGGUGCGAAAGCUGUGGCGCUGUCUUCCACUCGGAGUGCAAAGUGAAGUCUGUCCCGUGCCCCAGGUGUGUGCGCAAAGAGCUGCAGAAGAAGCAGAAGUCCUUCUGGAGGAGACUGAAUAUGGACGAGAGCCUGGAAGAGUCUUGCACCAUGUUCGAGCUGUCCUAUCAGAAUACAUGA